AUGGAUGUUUUUAUAUCGGAAGAGUAUGUCAACCGCCGGAGAAUGGAGAAGAAAGCUGCCGCCGUUGCCGGAAAAAGUAUGAGGUUAGGCUCUGGUUCAAGCAAGAUCAGAUCGGAAAAGAUAAAUAGUAAUCCUUUGAUGUCGGAAUCUCGUCCGGAGAAUGAGUUUCGAGUCACCGGCGGUGGUGUUUACGAGAGUUUUGUGUUUCAAUGCUUCUCGCCGUAA